CCUCUAUAGAGGGAGGGGAGGAGGGGACUCCAGCAGAGCGCCGCAGCCGCCGGGACGAGCAGUUCAGCGCCCGCCCCGCGCCCCAACAGCCUUCCCAGCAUGGACCUCCGAGCCCUGGCUCUGCUCGCCUUCGCUCUGGCCGUCAUCUCCCUCUCGGAGGAGAAACCCGUCAGCCUGACUUACCGAUGCCCCUGUCGAUUCUACGAGAGCAACGUGGCAAGAGCCAACAUUAAGCAUCUCAAAAUCCUCUCCACACCCAACUGCUCACUUCAGAUUGUUGCAAGGCUCAAGAGCAACAGCAAGCAAGUGUGCAUUGAUCCCAAGUUAAAGUGGAUCCAGGAAUAUCUGGAGAAAGCUUUAAACAAGUAAGGCAAGAGACAAAUGGACUUAACAGCUAACACCCUGAGUUAUUAAAGGGUAGAACAUUAAGGGCUGGCUUUUACCAUGUGGAUGAAGUACUCGUGGAAUCAGAUAUUGUUUUGAAGAUGGGUUUGGAGUUGACCUAGUCUAUAUUAAAACAACAGCUUCCGGUAUAUCCUAAACGUUAAACUGAGAGUUUUGCCAGGAUUUAAGACAAAAUCUAUCCUAAUGAAUCUGUUCUGGGGUCCCCAACUCAUCUUCUUUUAAAAAAAGCCGUUCUCCCAAGGAAAAUACUUCCUUUAUGCCCCUUCU